AUGAGGUGGGGCCUCGUCCCUUCCUUCACGAAGAAGGGCGACAAGCCCGACUUUUUCCGGAUGUUUAACGCCAGGAGCGAAACGGCGGCGGAAAAGCCGUCGUUUCGGCGACUGGUCGGGCGGCGGCACGGCGUGGUGGCCUUCACGGGUUUCUACGAGUGGAAGCGCGACGAAAAGGGGGAGAGACAGCCGUACUACUUCCACUACGCGGACGACAGGCCCCUGCUGUUCGCCGUGCUGUACGACACGUGGCAACAAGGCGGCGACGCCAUCCAAGGCUACGGCAACGGCGGCGGUGGGAAGGCCGGCAGCAGCACCAGCAGCAGCGGCGGCGGCGGCAUCGGUGACGGGAAGGCGGUGCCGACGACGGGGGGGCGGGGAGGGCACGCGGAUCUCGCUGGGGAGGGGGAGGGGGGGCUACGGGGGCAGGCGGCGCUCCUGGAGAGGGAGGUGGAGGAGGAGGACCGGGGGGGGAGUCUGAUGUUUUCGUAUGCCGUGCUCACCACCAAGGCGGCCCCGCGGUUGGAGUGGCUCCACGAGAGGAUGCCCGUGAUUCUUAGAGGAGCGCAAGACGCCGCGGCAUGGAUGAGAUGCAAGGGCCAAGAGGUGUAG